AUGGAUUUUGAUGAGCGGGUCCCUGGGUCUAAUAUGUAUUUACCGAGCUGCACUUACUACGUGUCCGGAGCAGACUUCACGGGUCUCCCUCAUUAUUUAACCCAGAGCCAGUCCUCUUGCCCUAUGGCAUACUCCUACCAGUCCUCAGCUCUGCCACAGGUCCCGUCCGUGAGAGAUGUGGCUUUCAGAGACUAUGGCAUUGAUACUCCCAGUAAAUGGCACCACAGCAGGGGGAGCCUAUCUCACUGCUACACUGAGGACAUCGUGCACAGGGACAGCUGGACGAGCUCGACCUCACGGGGGGGAGAUAUCUUGGUGAAAAGUGGCUCCGGCGCCAGUCACUCAAGCUCGAACCCGACGCCCGGCUUCUAUGGCAGCGUUGGCAGGAACGGCGUCCUGCCUCAGGCGUUUGACCAGUUUUUCGACACUGCCUACGGGAACGCAGAGAACAGCACAACACCGACAAGCACACAGGCAGCAGACACGGACAGACACGCCGCCAAAACAAGCCCCGCUCCGGCUCACCCUGGCUCGGACACGGCGGAGAGCUGCAGCCCCAAAUCGUCCCCUGGCCACAGCGAGGAGAAGCAGCGCAAAAGCAGCAGUGGCCAAAGGACGCGCAAGAAGAGAUGUCCAUAUUCAAAGUAUCAGAUCAGGGAACUGGAGAGGGAAUUCUUUUUCAGCGUUUACAUCAACAAAGAGAAGCGUCUGCAACUUUCACGGAUGCUCAACCUGACAGAUCGCCAGGUCAAAAUCUGGUUUCAAAACAGGAGGAUGAAGGAGAAGAAACUGAACAGAGACCGUUUACAGUACUACACGACGAACCCCCUGCUAUAA